AGAAGUUAUUUCAGAUGUGUGAACAAGACUUGUAAGGCGAGGAAGAAGCUGGAGUGGCCACCAAAUGAACCAAACAACAUAGAAACAACGUAUGAAGGAGACCAUAACCACAGAGAUCGUUCAGAGAAUGAAGAAGCUGGAAUUGCAGCUAAUCAAUAUGAUUUAGCUACGCAGAUGUUUGGAUCUGCAAGGACUUAAUUAGCUUGUUUUACAUUUUUAUAGUAACUUUAUAAUUCAAUAAUAGAGGGAAUGAUGUGUAAUGGGUACAAUUUUGUAUUAUGUGAAGGUUUGCUAUCUACCUUUCUCUAUCAUCUAUCAAGUAUGAUGCACAUGGUUUCAGACUGAUCAAUUUUAGAGAUAUUUGGCAUAUAAAUAGUAAAUUAUAUUUA